GUAUUCAGGUUGUCAAAACAAAAUGGUUCAAAAUCCUAACGUUAGUUAUUUUUCUCUUCCGAAGGAUCCAACUAACCGUGCAAAGUGGAUUGUAAACUGUGGUAUCACAAUUCCUGAUGCUUACAUACAAAAAGUCCUUAAAGAUGAUACACCGUCUUCUUCCAGCAGCAUUUCACGUCAACUUGAUUUUUGUUCUACUGUUGACAAUAAUCCAUCUAAUGCUCCAACAGAAUGUGAAACCACAAUUCUCUCUUCGCCAAAUGUAUUAGCUCUACCAUUGGAUUCUAGUACACCAAGUAACUUGCUUCCAAUGACUAUGAAUAUGAUUUCACACAACACGAUAAACAGUCCAUGUACUGAUCAUUCAUAUGUUUCACUUGAAUUGGAGUUAAAUUAUUCAUUUGAAACAAAUGAGUCUGGGAAAAAUUCAUCGYCAGUAGUUGUUCAAACCUUGAARUCGUGGUCUGAUGACACACCUAGAAAAAAAUCAUUGAAAUCAAAGUACAGACUUGAAAAGAAGGCAAGGAUUGAAGCACAAAAAACUAUUACCACUUUGGGUCAAAAGUUGGCUGACAUAAACAACGAGGAAAACUUCAUGCAGCAAUGA